UAUGGUUGUCCUUGGGAAAGGUUUAAUUACAUCUCGACAUAAAGUUAGUAUUCUACGUCAAGGAACUGUUCGAAUUGAUAAUCCGGGUAAUAUUUCACUAUUUGACGUACAUUCACCACUUUCUGAAGAAGCUGUUGAGCUGAUUGGUGAAAAAAAGUAUAAAAAACCAUUUGUUGUCUUUGAAUGUACUUCCUACUGUACAUAUUCACAAGCUGUUGUACCAUCACCAAUGUCAUGGGUUCCAACAUUCCUUAGUCAUUUAAAUGAUAGAAUGACAGUUGUUGAUAGAGUGAAAAGUGUUAUAUCCAAUAUCUUUCUAUCCCUUUUUAUGGUGGUAAUGGAUAAAAAUUUUGAGAAAUUAAAAGCAGAAUUGAAAAUUUCACCUGAGAAAAGUUUAACAACAAUUCGACAACAAGCUCAAAUAUUUCUUGUAAACUCAGAUCCAAUAUUUGAAUUUCCUCGUCCUCUGACUCCAAAUAUAAUACAAGUUGGUGGUAUUUUAGCAUCUCAACCAAUAAAUGUGACAAAUAUUGAUCCUAAAUUUGAUGAAAUUUCAUCUAAAAAAUUUGGUAUAAUUGCUUUUGGAAGUUCUUUAGAUUUUUGCAGUCAUCCAAAAUUAUUGGCAAAUAUUUAUAAAAUUCUUAUUGAAUUUUCAGAUAUUCACUGGGUUUGGUCAUUAAAAUGCAAAUUGGAUAAAGAUUAUCCAAAUAUUCAUACUUUUAAAUGGAUUCCUCAAACCUAUCUUCUAGCUAAAGAAAGCUGCGUUCUAUUUAUAUCUCAUGGUGGUCUUAAUUCCAUAUAUGAAUCUAUGUAUCAUGGUGUUCCAGUUUUGACUAUUCCACUUCCGGCAGAUGCUAUAGACAAUUCAGUUCGUUUGAAGAGACACGGAAUGUCGGAAAUUUUACCUUUUCAUACAAAAGAUAUCCAAGAGAGUGUCCUCCCUUCUCAAAUCUCUCAAACCAAAACCAUUAGACAAAGCUGUAUACUGGAUAAAUCAUGUAUUAAAGUUUGGUGGUAG